GAAUUCUCAGGAUGGCGGCUGGGGCGCCAGGAGGCUGCGGCAGCUCUGGUAACGCUGGGCAGCCCGCUCGCUGGGCUGCCUGGUUCGCAGCUGCUGCGGAGGCAGGCCGAGGGCGCUGGGGCUGCCGAGUGCUGAGCAUGGAGGAAACAAAGGCAUCCCAGCCCACGGCGCAGCGGGAGCGCACAGGUGCCCCGCGGCCCGGCCGGGAAAUAACGCGGAGCUGUCUUCUGCUUCACGCUCUUCCUCGGGCCAAAGCUGACCAGCUAAAGCCUAAAUCCUGGGAUUAGCCAGGCGCACAGAGGAUGCUGAGCACUUUCCGGGAGCAGUCAGACUCCUGGUCUCCUCUAGGAAUGCUUAGCGGUCCAUUAGCGUGUCCGGAGGAAAGAAUGGUUCCUAAAAUCUGCACGCGGAGCGAAACAGUUCGAAAGGGAUUGAGGCUCACCCGGGUCUCCAGCAAACGGAGGAUUAAGCUGGGGAGAGUCACCCUGAGCCAGCCCUUCCCCAGACUGCCUAAAUCCCAGCAUCAGCUUCCUACUGAAUGUAGUAUUUGGCAUUCUCUGAAUUUAUUUCCUCUUCUUCUUCCCUCCCAGGUUUCUUUUUAUGGCCCCAAGUGGAGGGGGUAGAGCAAGGAGAUCGGUAUCUUUGAAAUAAAAGGCAAUUUUAUAAGUACUUUUUUCAUUUGAUGCUACAGGAGCUAAAUAUUACAUUUCCACUCCUGGAUUUAAGAAAGGCUGCCUACUGACUGGCUGGUAGAGGCGAAAUAAGGCGCAGUAAAGGGAAAUAUUUUAAUCUUCAGAUUUAAGGAUUACUGGAGAAAGGAACCAAAUUCAGAAAAUACAAACCUCAGACCUGCAUCCCCAUAAUCACCCCCUUCAGAGCUAGAAGUGAGGAACCGUUUUCACUUGGGGACCAGGAGCAUCGGAUGUGACAAAUAAAACCCUAUUCUCCCUGGAUUGUAUCUUUCAGAGGCAGAAGUGGAAAAUGUCGCCAUUUUGUUUGCAAUCCAAAAUAUCCAUCAUCAUGGCUUCUAUCUUCCCCCUGUGAAGCUCCCUCAGUUGAUCCUUAGAAGCAGGCACUGGAGCCAUUUCUGGGUAUCUGCCGGGUCCCAUCAAGCUGCUUUUAGAGAAACUCCUCACGGUUUAAGGAAAAGGCUCAGAGGAUGCAAAGCCAGGCUGCUGUUUCUCUCACACCCAGAGGUGCUUUCUCCAUAUCUGUCCUGAGGCUGUUGAGAGAUAUACAUAAGUCCUUUUUAAAGGGUUUGGGCUGUAGGAGAAGUAGAUUUGCUCCCACACCUCAACCUCUGUGCCAAAAUAUGGCGCACCUAAAAAUGCAGAGGCUGCACAACCAGGCUUUGUGAGAACUAGAGCUUCCCUUUUGGUCACGCUGAGCAGAUACAGGAGUCUUCUUUUAAGUAAUCAGUUUAGAGACACGUGUAAAAUUACCUGGAAAAAUAAGGAAUAGUUGGAGGAGAGAUUCACCUAAGGAUGAAGAUCUUUCAUGGAUACCACUAUUUGAACCUAUUUCUGAAAUCUACUCUUUAACUGAGGGAGGGAUGGUUUGGAGGCUUUCUCCUUCCCCCAGGGCUAAGGUUUUAAAAUGAGAUUCUAAUAUGAUUUCCCAUAUUUUACUGGUCAAGAUAUUCAUUUUGGCUUUCAAAGAAAAUAUUGAUUCACACCCCCCAGUUUCCUAGAUAUUAAAAAGAAAUCCUUAUUAAAAUAUCUCAGGGUUAAAGUAAUAGAUUUGGGAAGAUUUCAGUGUUGAGUGGUCAAAGAAAAGGGUUUCUUCCAGAUGGUAUUUGAAUUAAGGCGGCUGAGGCGGCCGAAAGCUCUCACCCACGCAGCCCCUGACAAAGCCUCAGAGAUAUGAAGGCAGCGCUGCUCCCUCUCUGCACCUCCCUUCCCUUAAGCCUGUAAUAUUUUCUGGUAAAAGCAAAUGCCAACAGCCACCAUCCCAGAGUAUGCAAAGCACACUUUUUAAAAGCAGCCCUAUAACCCUCUUCACUGCCAAAAAAUUUUUUUGAAGACUAGUUUUCCUUAUUUACUUGCGUUUCUUGCUCUCCUCUUUGCUCGACCACAUUUUAUCUUGGAAGGAGCUGGAAGCUGAAAUGUGUUCUUAAGGGCUAGAAGCUGUCAAGGCUUUUGGUGAGCAAGAUUGAUCGUGCCCAGACUUCCUUCAGAGCUUUGUUUGGAAUAAAAGCAAGAAAACUGAAAAACCUCACAUUUUCCAAAAUAGCAUCUCUAUCAGCAAGGCAAAACUCUGGGCUGCUCAAUGAUACAGGCUACUUUAUAUCUAAUUUCCACCUCAAACCCUCUUUGAUGCCGGCCUCAGAGAUGGGGUCCUGUCUCUGCUCUUUGGUUGGCCUUUCUUGUUUUCUACUUAGAUUUUUCUCUGCCUCCAUCCUCUCUCUCCCUGGCCAUCAGAAUGAUUUAUUUUCCUGCCACUGAUGCCUGCCGGCCUGGGGGAGUCUGAUCACUUGGUCCCUUUCAAAGGAAGCAAAAGCGAAUACCCAUCCUUAGUUUUUUUUUGCGGGGGGGGGGGGGGAAGAGGUACCUCCAGAUCUAUCUUUGAGCCUCCUCCCCUCUUUCUGGCUUGGUGGAUUUUUAAAAAGUUAUUGUUUGGAACCUAAAGGUGUUAUCUUUUGAACCCUAUAGCACCGUCCAAGAUUCGCUCAGUCUCAAGUCUCCUAAUUGGAAAAAAGAGAAUGAAGGAGAAUGAAAACCUUUAUAAUUCCUCCUUGGGUCGCCUCCUCUCCCCGCAGCGCUGUUUCUCACAACAGAACCCGGAAGCAAACGUCCCCGGUGCCCAAGGAUCAAGAAGGUGUGGGAGGCAGUUCAGGCUGCCAGGGAGCAUUGGCUGUAUCUGAACCAACCCCAGCCCUCAACCAGAGCGACAAGGACAAGAAGAAGGGUAGAAAAAAAGAGAAAGGGAGGGAGAGAGAGGAACAAGCAUCUUCUCUCCCUGCUGGUAACUUCCAACAGACUUCCUGGAAAUCGGAAAUACUCACCGCACCCGAGCCCUACGGGUAUGAAACCCAGAAUGCCAGGAGCCGCACGCGCCUGCUCGCUCGGGGCAGCAUUUCUUUGGCUGGUCGCCGCCCUGGCUACGGGGAUUUGGACACAUGGACCUGGGGUUGUUGUCUCGCUUGGCACAUGCAUCUUUCUCCAGCCACUCCUGAGAAGUUGAUGGCGCAGGAAGGUUGGGAAGCUUCGAGAGCCUCCUCCCGUUUUCCGCUUCCCGCCGGAGCCAGAUGCAAAGCUGCCGUGGAAUAGCCUGCUAACAAUGGGCCGGGGGCGCAGACUCUGGGCUGGACACUGGAAGGGGGGCGAGAGGCUGCGGGGAGAAGAGGAGGCGGACAGAAGAGAGAGGGAGGGAGAAAGGGGGAGAAGAGGAAAAAGAGGGAAAGACAGACAGACAGGAAGGAAAACAGAGGCGAGAGAGAUCAGUUUUGAGAUCCAGGAACUGGUUUUAGGAAAAGUGAAAAAGGAAAUGAGAAAGAAAAGGAGGUACCCCUCCCCACCAAACUCUUUCUUUUCUUCUCUUUUCUGUUUUUUCUCUCUCCCCAUUUCUCUCUUCUCCUCUUUCUCUUUAUUCUCCCUCUCUCAUCUCCUCUCUCCCUCUGCACCUUUCUCUUGCUUUAACAGAACUUAUGUGGCUGGGAUGCAGGGCCCUCGGGUGUCAAAACUUUGAAGAUUAAUGGAUUACUUUGUUAAUGACUGCAGGCGUCAGACUGAGGUGCUUAAAUGAUUUGUGAGGUGCGAGGCGUCUUCCCGACAGUCCCAAACAAUGCACGGAGUGUGCGGGGGAGGCAGAGGGCAGCCGCUGGCGGGACCGACAGCAGGGCUCACACUCACACACAUUCACACACUCACACACUCCCAGGCGCACACACGCCAACCAGAUCCUUGCAGAUCAGGAGGUGCACAGGCAACCUCGCCCCCACGCACUCCGGGACAUCCCCAAUCACACCCACAUAUAUGUAUUUUUGCCCUGAAAAAAGUGUAAAUAAAGCCUCGCUGGCCCCCAAUGAGGCGUUCCUUCCCGACUUUUUUGGAUCAAUCAAACAGACAGUGGCUUCUUUUGAUUAAAGCCCAAAUUGUCAUUGGGCAGAAGCAAUCAUGUGACAGCCAAUUCGGUCCAAUUUCAACCUUGUCUCCAUGAAUUCAAUAGUUUAAUAGUAGCGCGGUCCCCAUACGGCUGUAAUCAGUGAAUUAGAAAAAAAACACCCCAGCAGCGAUCUUCUAUGAUAGAUUUUUUUUUCCUCUGCGCUCGCCUUUUACCUGGGCCUUGCCCCCCCAAAGCCCCUCCAAAAGAGGGAACUUUUUCUCCGAGGGGGCUCCAAGGAGAAGGCCAUGAAUUACGAAUUUGAGCGAGAGAUUGGUUUUAUCAAUAGCCAGCCGUCGCUCGCUGAGUGCCUGACAUCUUUUCCCCCUGUCGCUGAUACAUUUCAAAGUUCAUCAAUCAAGACCUCGUCGCUUUCACACUCGACACUGAUUCCUCCUCCUUUUGAGCAGACCAUUCCCAGCCUGAACCCGGGCAGUCACCCUCGCCACGGCGCUGGCGGCCGCCCCAAGCCGAGUCCCGCGGGCAGCCGCGGCAGCCCGGUGCCCGCUGGCGCCCUGCAGCCGCCCGAGUACCCCUGGAUGAAGGAGAAGAAGGCGGCCAAGAAAACCGCGCUGCCGCCGGCCUCCGCCGCCGCCGCAGCAGCAGCCACCGGCCCUGCUUGCCUCAGCCACAAAGAAUCCCUGGAAAUCGCCGAUGGCAGCGGCGGGGGAUCGCGGCGCCUGAGAACUGCUUACACCAACACACAGCUUUUAGAGCUGGAAAAAGAAUUUCAUUUCAACAAGUACCUUUGCAGACCCCGAAGGGUGGAGAUUGCAGCGCUGCUGGAUUUGACUGAGAGACAAGUGAAAGUGUGGUUUCAGAACCGGAGGAUGAAGCACAAGAGGCAGACCCAGUGCAAGGAAAACCAAAACAGCGAAGGGAAAUGUAAAAGCCUUGAGGACUCGGAGAAAGUAGAGGACGACGACGAAGAGAAGACGCUCUUUGAGCAAGCCCUUAGCGUCUCUGGGGCCCUUCUGGAGAGGGAAGGCUACACUUUUCAGCAAAAUACCCUCUCUCAGCAGCAGGCUCCCAAUGGACACAAUGGCGACUCCCAAAGUUUCCCAGUCUCGCCUUUAACCAGCAAUGAGAAAAAUCUGAAACAUUUUCAGCACCAGUCACCCACUGUUCCUAACUGCUUGUCAACAAUGGGCCAGAACUGUGGAGCUGGCCUAAACAAUGACAGUCCCGAGGCCCUUGAGGUCCCCUCUUUGCAGGACUUUAACGUUUUCUCCACAGAUUCCUGCCUGCAGCUUUCAGAUGCAGUUUCGCCCAGUUUGCCAGGUUCCCUCGACAGUCCCGUAGAUAUUUCAGCUGACAGUUUUGACUUUUUUACAGACACACUCACCACAAUUGACUUGCAGCAUCUGAAUUACUAAAAACAUUAAAGCAAAACAAAGCAUCAC